AUGAAGUCGCACAUUGGCACGCUGGCUGCAGCCGCCGCCACCACCUUGUUAUACGCCCGCGAAGCUUCCGCCACCACCUCCUCAUUCUGUCCCGGCUCCGGCGAUGUCUGCUACCGUUGGGGUGUUCCAGAGGCCGCCGUAAGUUCGGGGUCCGGAGACGUAUACUUCCAAAUCAAGGCUCCCACCAGCAACCAGUGGGUUGCAGUUGGCAUCGGCUCGGGAAUGAGCGGUGCCGAGAUCUUCCUCAUCUACCAGGACGGCAGCGGUAAUGUCACCUUGAGCACCAGGGCCGGCAGAGGCCAUGUCAUGCCCCAAUACGAGGAGAGGAGCGCCGUCGAGCUGCUCUCGGGGUCCGGCGUCAGCGGCAGCGAAAUGACUGCCAACAUCCGAUGCGGCGACUGUUCUUCGCUUGACCUCUCCGGUUCCAACUCGUGGAUUGGCGCCUGGAAGUCUGGCGACAGUCUCGACACGACCAGCAAAUCAGCGACCAUUACCGAGCACGAUUCUGACCACGUCUUCAACGUCAACUUUGCCUCGGCAAGCUUCAGCUCGAGCGGGAACCCAUUCACGAGCUCUAACAGCGAUUCCGACUCCGAUUCCAACUCCGGCUCCAACUCCGGUUCCAACUCCGGAUCAGGAUCAGGUUCCGGGUCUGGGUCCGGGUCGGAUGGCGCAGUAACAGAGACUGGAAGCAGCAGCAGCGACACCAAGUCCAAUGCCCAUGGCAUCAUCAUGGCUAUUGUCUUUGUUAUCGCAUAUCCCAUCGGCGCCGUGUUUAUGCCCCUGGUCGGAAAGUGGUUCCUCCACGCAGGUUGGCAGUUUCUCGCUUUCCUGGGCAUGUGGGCGGGUUUCGCCCUGGGCUAUGUUGUCGCUCGAGAUGAUGCUAUUUUCUGGAAAAACACCCACACCAAGAUGGGCACUAUUGUUUGCGCCCUGCUCGGCCUGCAACCCAUUCUCGGAUGGGCGCACCACCAGUACUUCCUCAAGCACCAGCAACGAGGAAUCAUCAGCCACACCCACAUCUGGUACGGCCGAAUCCUCAUAGUCCUAGGUAUUGUCAAUGGAGGACUGGGUCUGGAGCUUGCCAACUCCUCCCGAGGCCUUACCAUCGCGUACUCAGUGGUUGCUGGUAUUGUGGGCAUCCUGUACAUUGCCGGCAGCCUUCUCGGUGGAAUGCGAAAGAGGCAGCGCACCGUGAAGCGGAUCGUCUCCCCUCAGAUGACUCAGGAUGAGCAACACCAUAUGUCCGACAGGUCUCAGGCCCGAUACCAAUAA